GAGUCUGGCGGCAGCAGCGUUCGUUCGCUCACAUUUUCCUCCGCUUUUCAGGCGCAAUCGAAGCAGCAGAUCGGAAAAAUCGAUGCUACAAGUGUAGUUCGGUGGGCAAAAAGCCAGCAGGUGUAUUCAGCAAUACCAAAACGUGAACCACAACCUAAAAGAAGCGCCGGCAAACGCAGCGACGCUGUAAAUCUUCUACCUCUUGCUCCCACUCGCGACCCACCCAAAACCAAUAGUAAAAGCAAUUUUCCAAAGAUCGAUUAACACUUUCGCUCGGUAGUGUGUGCACACGGAAUAGUAACAAUUGUGCAUUGUUCUUUGGAGUGUGCUUUCGUAGGUGUUGUGUAUGCUUAUGUGCAAUAGAUUCUAGUGGAAAAAGUAUACAUUUUAAUUACGCGCUUCAUAAACCUAGCAGACAGUGGAGAAAAAAGGAAGCGUGAAUUUUUCUUUUUCUGCUGGCUUGUCAUUUUCAUCGCCCGUUUUCUCACAAGCUCUUCCCAGCGCCGUGGGAAAUAGUUGCUAGUCUACGACGCAUUUUCCGGAGGAAAAUUUAGUAAAACUCCUACAAUACUGUGAAAAGUUGCGGGUGCGUAAGGACACACAUAAAGGUCGCUUGAAUGUUCGACACAAUGAUGCAGCAAGCGGUAUCGAUCAAAGCGGAACCGGACUGGAGUGACCUUCUGGUGCCGGAACCGGAUGCCCGCCAAUACACGCUCGAGAAUGUAAUACGCCAGCAGCAACAGCAGCAGCUGCUACAACAACAACAACAGCAGCAGCAGCAGCAACAACAGCAGCAGCAGGUGCAACAACAACAGCACCAGCAGGUGCAGCAACAGCAGCACCACCAGCAACAGCAACAAUAUCAGCUCCGUAAUGGCGGAGGCGGUGGUGCCGGUAGUACCGCGGCCGUAAGCCUCACGCAAGGCGCAAAUAAUCCAGCAGCGGUUGUAAAUAGCGCUGGCGGCGUUGUGGCCCAGCAAUCUGGAGCUAGUCAGCAAUCUGGUGGUGCGGCCAGCGAGGAUAACGAGCCGCUGGACAUCAUCGAAGCCAUCGGAGACUCGGACGAUAAUGAUUUUGCCGAGGCGGAAUCGCUGACACUGCAGCAAUAUAAGAAAGAUGAGAAACUGUGCGACUACUACCGGAGGAUGCCGGUGCUGUACGACAAGAGCCACCCGCACUACAAGUUCCAGUCGAAGAAGGAGAAGGCCUGGCGCGAGCUGAGCCGCCUGUGCGAGAUGGACGUGGAGCAGUGCAAAAAGCGCAUGACCUACUUCCGGUGUCGGUUUACCGUCGAGCGGCGCAUCAUGAAGAACGGUGUCAACUGCAGCGAGUGGCCGCUGCUCGAGAAGCUCAAGUUUCUCAACAAACACAUCAAGAUCCGGAGGCCGCGUGCGCCAAACGGUGAACCGGAUGAUACCGAUGAUGAGACGAACCCAAUGAACAUCCUGCGUAAGCGCCAGCGUGAGCAACAGGAGGACGCCAAGGACGACCUGCACGCGUACCUGGACCUGCAGCAGAUGGCGGUGGCUCAGGCGCAGAAUCCGCAGGCUCAGUUGCACUACCAGCAGCAGCAAGCACUGAAGCUGCAGGGCCACCCGAACCCAUUCGGAGCCGGCUUCCCACCGACGGCUGCCGACAUGUCGCUGCAUCACCUGGCGCCGCCACACCAUCCGCACGCUCGCGGUGACCAUCUUCCACCGCCGUCUUCGUCCGCACACCAUCCACAAUCGAGCGGCCAGCAGCAAGCGGGUGGCCAAUCGCAGUCCCAGCCGCACGGGAACCCUCUGGGCCACCAUCACCCGUUCCGGGCCGGUGCCGGUUCGCUGCAUCAUCACCAUCCGCACCAGCAGCAUCCGCAGUCACACCACUCACACCCGGGAGCCAGCUCGAUGUCGCACGGCGGUGGUGGAGGUGGUGGCGGAUCGAUGCACCAGCACGGCCACCAUCAGCACCCGCACCAUCAGCAGCCGACGCCGGUGGAAUCGCCCAUACCGGCCGCGAUCUCGAGCGUCGAGGCGUCGUACAACGUCCCGAAGCGGCAGCGCACCAGCUACGACGCCGACGAGGCCGCAUCGCUGUCCAACUUCAACCUCAAUCGGACGGUAAAGUACGCGAACAACCUAGAGCACCAGGCGAACCUGGACGAGCACGGUGCGUACGGUCUGUACGUCGGCGAGGUGCUACGCAAGCUUCCGGAGCGGAUAUCGUCGCUGACCUCGCUCAAGAUCAUGCAGCUGCUGUACGAGGCACAGGUGCAGUCGUUCGAUGCCGCCCCGGCACCUGCCGCCUCCCCGUCCGUCGCUUCCUCGCCCAAGAAGCUCGAUCAACCGCAAACGAACGGCGGCACGCCAAGCGGAGUGGCCGGUCUUCCCAACGGUGGCGGAACUAGCGUCUCCUCCGAGGGUGGCCGCCAGUCGACGGAGAGCGCCGAAUCGAGCAAGGAAUAGUAGGGCGCACUUCCGACGACCACCAGCGCCACCGCUCCGGUCCCAUCGUCGUCGGCGGUGUUGUGGUGGUAGAGAACACACCCUGAACGAUCGCAACACUUUUGCCCAGCGCUUUAUUUUACCAGCUCGUUCAAAAUUGGAUCGGCGUGAGGCUUUACAUGCGGACGGACACAUACAUCCACAUUAUAUUAGGGUUUAUUUGUAGAAAAAAAGAGGAAACAGAAAGAUAGAGAAACAAAACUCGAAGGAGAAAUUAAUCCAAUGCGCCAUUUAUUAAGUUUUGUGCUUUCACCUACGAUCAUCACUGGCAAAUUCUCCCACCAUUUAACAACCUUUCGCCGCCCUUCUCCCAUUUUCUCGUUCCCAUACACCCACUCUAGGAUACAUGUCAACACCCCCUCCCCCUCUCCUAUCUAUUAAUAAUGACCGCUGUAAUCGUAACGCUAAGAUAGCUAAAAAAAAGAGUAUAGAAUCCCUAGAACGCCUAGGGAGAUUUGAUUUUAAAUGUUACAAUCAUCAUUAUUAUUAUUGAUAAUAUUAUAUUAUUUUUUAAUUGAACUAAGACGCAUAACUUUUAGCGCCCUAGGGGAGACUGACCUCCACAUACUUUACUGCCCCCACCCUCGCCACGUCCCAACAAUUCGUUGUCGUUAGACAAUAGUUGAAUAGUCAACCCCAUUCGCCAUAAACUAUGCCGGGGGAGGAUAAGAGUAUCGAACAAUAUUUCCUCUUACGGUGCGUCGUCAAAUCAACGAAUUGGUUUAAUGUGUAGUUUUUCAUGUUUUUCUUGACAAACACGAAGGAUCUUCCCAAAAAUACCCUGAAGCAUUUAUUGAAUUUGAAUUAAUCCUCAAACGGACACUCAACCUUCCUUCGGGAACGAUGCAUUUUUGAAUUUAAUUUUUUAUAUAUUUCCCACGAAAUAUGUCCCAUGAAAAUUAUUUUCAAUCGAAACCCAGCCGCAAUAGUCUUCGCGAAAUUACAUCACUUGUGCAAACGGGGACGGGGGGAGUGAAUGGACAAGGAAAACGUUCUCGUGCAGACAAUUAAAAAGCACGGAAAAUGGCAAAUAAGGAGAAAUUUAAAAAACGCAAAAACAAAACCAAUCAAUACCUUUUCUGUCCUAGGUUUAGUAAACGAGUAAUAAUGUAUGUUGAGAGCAAAUUAUAAGCAUUAUUAUAUACUGGAUAAAGUGGAGAGGCAAGUGCGAAUGAGAGGAUAGGUGUGGGCAGGAAAGAAGGCAAACAAGAUUGCAACAUAUAAGGAGAAAGGAUGGCAAAAGAUGUGCAAGAAGGUAGGAGCAAAGGACUUGAAAUGAAUGAAAACAGCUAAACAACAAACGUAAUACAAUAAAUGUUUCAAAG